AGAGCGGCGAGAGCCAUGCGGACCGUGAUGCCCGCGGAGCCGCUCGUACCGCGCGCCGCCGCCGCCGCCGCCACCGCCGCCGCGGGCUCCCCGGGCUCGAGCCACUCGCGCAGCCCCAGCGCCGGCUCCGUGUGGUCCAACUCCUCUGCGAGCUCGGGUACCCUCAGCGAGCCGACCGCCUCGGGCCAAAGCGCCGCGAGGCAAGGGCAGAACAAGCGCUACAGCCUGGGCUUCAUCCGCGGGAUGCUGCCCCGGGGUCGCAACCCGUCCUCCUCCUCCUCGACCGACAUCUCCCCGCAGGGCGGUGGCGGCCCGGGGGAUGCGAGGGGAGGAGGCGGGGUCUCCCCGGGACCCUCCACGUCCCCCGGCUUGAACGGGGGGCUCCUGCCGUCGAAGCCAUCCGUCAUCAGGGUCUACGGGGACCUCAUCAGCCGCGGCACGCUCUACAAGGGCGUGCUCACGUUGCCCGACAGCAGCGCCCAUCAGCUGGUGCAGGACGCUCUCUCACGAUACGGGCUCGACCCGAGCCGGGCGCACGAGUACGUGCUGUGCGACGCCAUCGGGCGCCUGGAGGACGCGGAGUGCGCCUGGGUGGAGGAUGGGAAUGGGUCGGAGGGGACGUCGUCAGAGGAGGCGCGUGUGUGGGUGCCGGAAUCCGUGCGCGCCCUGGCCUCAAACGAGCGGCCGCUGGAGCUGCAGGCACUGUGGAGGCCCAGCCCCGGAUUCUCGCGCCGAUUCCAGAUCCGACGGCGCUCGGGCAUGGAGCUCAGGGUCACGACAGGGCCGGCAGAGGUGCCCGUCUUUACCGAGACCACUUCGUCGGACGACACGGACACCGACGCCACCGUCAUGCCCGCCGGGGUCGCCCUUCCCGGGCCUGGUGAUGGGGGGGCAGUGGUGACCACCCCCGACACCGGAUCGACAAGGAACCCAGGCGGCGGAGCAGCUGUCGGACAAACGGGGCCCACGGGGGAGAGAAACCGACUGUGCCACCGAUGCAACUCGGCUCUGGCGGACGAGCGGACGGGCAGCUCGCGGUCAACUGCUUUGCAGAACAACGUCGCGCCGGGCGGCGGCGUCACGGCAAAGCGGCGGCAGCUGCCGCGGCAGCAGUGCAACGGAGUGGCAAUGGAGGAUGAAGUUGACGAUGACGACGAUUUGCCGGCGGAAAUUAAUGAGACGAGGUUUCGCUCGGCGGCCGCGCUAUGCUUUGAGCCCUGGAGCGAGGAUCUGCUGCUGCACAAGAUCCUGGAGAUGCCGCCCAGCGGUGGAGGAGGCAUCGCCGCUGCCGCUGGCGGUGGUGGCGGCGGUGGCGGCGGCGGCGGCGGCGGGGAGAAGGAGGAGGAGGCCGGCAGCUCGUCUCCGCUGGCGCUCGCCCGGCUGCUGUGCCUGUGCGUGCGCCACGCGGCGCUGCGCUUCUCGGCGCCCGAGAUGCGCCGGCUGAUGUUGAAGAUGGCGAGUCGCGUGCAGGCGGCCGCGUGGGACAACACGAAGGAUUUCCUUGAAAAGCAUCCUGAAAGCUCUCUGGAGAGCCAGGUGAGCGCCAGCGAGGUGCCGGGCCUCGUGUGGGCCCUGCAGCCCGUCGCCCACUGGCUCGCCAACGCGCUGCACCUGCUGGCCUUCCUGCGCAACCCUGGGCCGGGGCUCGCGCGGGGCAACGCGCGAGCCCACGGAGACGCAGACGAUGAAACGCAGAACGUGGAGGCAAUGGAGGAGGCGGCGUCUGUCCUGGAAGAGGUGGUGCUCUACACCUUCCAGCAGUACGCCUUCUACAUAUGCAAGAUACUCUACCAGGUCCUGCCAGAGCUGCUGGACGGCACGUGCGAGGGCCAGGAGGGGCAGGCCGCAGGGCCCCGGGAGGGUCCGCCCAAGGUGGCGGCUGUGCUGGCCGUGUUCCAGGUGACCUCCGACCUCCUGGCGUGGCAAGGCGUCGAAGCGAAACUGUCGGCGCAGCUGGCCGGGUACCUGCUGCGCUUCUCGCACGCGCUCAUCUUCAACUCGCUCAUGGAGAGAGGCCUGGAGAGCGGCUUCCGUCCCGACGUGCGGUUCUACGCCAGCGUGAGCAUCCUCCUCACGUGGUGCACGGAGACACAGCUGGGGCAGGAGACCCACGCCAUCCUCGCACCGGCACUCGCAGCAUCGCGCCUGCUUGCAAACCCGCCCGCUAAGCUCGCCAAGUGCUCGUGGUCAUCCCUACGCAAGGCGUUCCAGGCGCUCAGCCCCGCGCAGCUGCACACCGUUCUGCGCCGGUACAGCGGCGGCCCCGCCUGGGAGGCCCCGCCGGGGUGGCAGCCGGACGCGCACGAGCGGGAAGAGGCGCUCGCCAGCGAAAUCCUCGUGGGCUUCGAUGAUCAGCCCAUGAUCUCGCCGCCAUCCGAGGACACCCACACAACACUAAGGGACCUGGACACCGCUCCCGAGCCGGCCUUCCAGAGAAUCCUGGGGCAGGUGCAGCAUUUCCUGCGUCGCCUGCAGUGUGUGAUGUCACUUCCUGUCGGCGAGGCCCAGGAGGAGGCGCCUCGGUUGGAGCAGAAGCGGAAGGGGACGUUUCGAAUCUGCCGUGCCGAUGAUGCCACGGCACAGCCCAGGCGCCCAUCUGCGAUCGGGCAGGAGAUCAGGAAGUCGUGGAGUCACAGUGGAACGCAAGACCUGUCCAAGCAGCAGCAUGUUUCCCUGCGGAGACCCACGGAGAGUUUCGGACGCUACCCGAGUUUCCGCCGCUCGUCCCGGCCGCUUGUCGUCAAACACGACGACUCGCGGUCUAAACCCGGGCGGCCAGAAAUUUCGGGUGAUGGUGACGGUGGCAAUGGCGCUGGCGGCGGUGAUGGUGCCGGGACCAGUCACUCGGAGGACUCCUCGCUCUGCGGUCAGCCAGGCCAAUUGCUGCGCUUGCCCCAGCAAGAUCAAAGGUUGCCAGAGGCCUCGGCACAGGAGGAAGUGAGGAUGGGUCGCAGACGGACGGCGCUGCCAGCAGAUGGCGCGGAGGGUCAAGCCAGCAUGAAAGGUCGGACAAAUGGUGUUCAUUCUGUACGAAAAGUACCCCCUACUGUACAACGAAUAUCUCCGGCUCAUCGAAAGCUCAUGGAGAGUGACGAUGACGGAGACCUGGUUUAAAUGUUUGUGAACAAGGAGUCGCAUUGGAACACGUCUUGGAGCCGCUAACAAAGCCGUCUGCAACGCCAUCGCCAUCACGAGUGCCACCAGCAGCAUCAACUCCACCAUCAAUUCCACCACUAUUACCACCACCACGACCAGCAGCACCAACAUUGCCACCAUCCGAAGCAUCCACACCACCAUUAUCUCCACUCUGACCACCGCGACCACACCACCAACACUUCCAGCUUCAACACUACCACCGCUGCCAAUAACGCCACCAGUAGCAUUAACCCCAAACACCAUCACUGCCAUUAUUACCAGCAGAGUAAACACUGAUACCAGCAUCACUAUUAGAAAUAUCCUAACCACUAUCACCUCCACCCUGACCUCGAAUGUGACCAUACCUACCAGCACAAUCAGCUCCACUCAUCAACAGCAGUAGCGUUGUACUUCAGCACUAGGGUUAUACGUGUAUAACCUCUAGGCACGUAACCGUUUAUUGACUAAAAUAGUUUUACACUCGUCAAAUUACGCAUGCAAAAUUCAGUUAUUUUUUUGUGAAGAUGUAAAUAAAAACCGUUGGACUAUUGGAAGGAGACCGAACAACGGAGAGAAUAAAAACGAGGCUAAACCUUAUACUUGUGAAGCAAUUUGCGAAGAUUCAGAGAAUCGCGGGCCUAGUAACCCACCACCACUACGGUCACCACCACCACCACAGAAAUCACCAUCACGUUCCUCAUAAUGAUCACCAUCGCACACAACGAAAACAAAGAUCUCCUGUGUAACCUACACAGACUGCUGAGGCAAGUGCUGUUAGCACUUAUAAAGGCCAAGACGGAGCACAAGGAGGGGGGCGUGGCAAGCAUCCGCGCCCGGCUGCCUUUGUCUCCCCAGUGCUCGUCUUUACACACUUCACCAGGUACUUAAUCUAAGGCUGAGUGUACCUAGGUGAGGCCCAAAACUGCUUUAAAUAUAUUGAGAUGUUAGCCGUAAAUAGGAAAUCCAACUCGGGUCACCGGAUUCCUCGUGGAGUGUGUUAACCACUAUGGGACCGCCCAUAAAUGACGUCACGCACCGG